GUGCUAGUUCCUAGCGAGUAGCGCACUGGAUAGAUAUUUGUGCGAAAUUGGCAUGGUCAAAGCAGCUGCUAAGGUCAAAGCCAAGCCUGCAAAGAAGCCAAGCAGCACCAAGGCAAAAGCCAAGCCUUUGAAGAAACCAAGCAGGCAGAAGGCUGAAAAAGUGCCGAUUGAGCCUGGGCCUCCACCACCGCCUUUGGGUUGGAAGCCCGCAGCAACCCUGGAGGAUUUCUUGGAGCAGCAGACAGGGCCUUGCAUCAAUGCUUUGACGGAUCUUUGUCGCAGGAUGCGAAAGCAUGCUGUGAGCUGCGUAACAUUGACAGAUCACCCCAGCUAUGGAUUUAAGCAUGGGCUGUCAGCUGUCAUUGAUGCGCUUGGAAAGACAAGGGUUGAGAAGGAUCUUUUCAAGUCCCUAAGUGGUGACGGGGCUGUGAGCAUGGUCAAUGCAGAUUUCGAGGAAUGGGUCAGGGAAGUUGCAAAAGUGGAUUAUAGACAGUAUGACUUCGAUGGCAUGGAUGAAGAGUCGGAGGUGAACAAAAUGUUGUGUCCUGAACCUCCCAGAGACACUUGGCUUUGGAUGGUCAAGUGCUUCCAGGCCUUGUCCUGACAGAAACCGAACUAACACUUCGAAACUAGAAAGACCCCUCAUGACAUGUUGGGUCGCAUGAAGGUGGUUUCAAGACUGCUUGGGUUAUUUUGGGGCGGAACGUUGGAGAAGGCUCCGAUAUUGUUUUAAGGACAGUUUCCAUGGAUGCGCUCAUUCAAACUAUGUAGACAAGAGAACCACCACACACACACACACACGUUUGCGCCUUGCCCGUGCCCCUGGCAGUCAGUGCCUGAAGCCGAAAGAAAAGGUUUGCACGUCGUUAUGUUCAACAACGGCAUUGGUGACGAGCUUGAUUUGGCCACUGGCGACGAACCAACUGACCAAUAUAGGACCCGACGGUAAUAACAGAUUGAAAUACAUGAAUGUUAGAUAAUGUUAGAUAUAUUUCAGCUACAUAACAUAACACUACGAAAGCCAGCCGAUAGGCUAGGCUGGAGUGCUUGAUGGGCGAUCGAAGUGAGUUUUGGGUGAGGUAGGGUGAACCAGAACCAGGUGAGGGAGAGCAAAAAAAGCUGUGGACAAAAUAAUGUAGUCAAAAUUGAGGCGACUGCACGUUUUCACUGUAAGACCAUUGCGCGCCUGCAAGAAGGCAAAGUUCAUUCAAGGGUGUGUUUUUCGAUGUGUACAAUGUGCACGCGUUCCUUUUGUUCUAAGCCUUCGCGAAGUAUCAAAUCC